AUGUCUAUGAAAGCAGGAAUAUUGCAGUCACUACAUAUGGAACAAUUAUAUUCAGCUAACACUGUUGUCCAACAGUUGCUUCCCAUGCCUGAGGCAGCCCCCUUUCCAGAACCACCUGAUCCAAAAACAUGUUCUCCUCAAGAAUACUUAGAGUAUUACAUAUUUCCAGUACUCUUACCUGGAAUAGCUGAACUUCUGCAUCGAGCAAAGGAGGAAAAGUGUUUUGAGAGAAGAAGGACCACGUUUAUUGCCUGUGAUUUCCUAACUGAGUGGUUAUACAACAAGAACCCAAAGAGGAAGGAUGAGUCAUUCACAGAGUUCUUUUCCAUUCCUUUUGUUACCGAAUGGCUUAACGACCAUCCUAGGCCACCAACUCCUCUAUCAGAAGAAGAAGCAAGUGUAGUAAUUCAGUCCUUCUGGAGAGGUUAUCGAGUCCGCUGCAAUAGUGAAAUACAAGAGUUACGUCAGUGGCAAAAGCAGUUGAGGGAGAAGAACAACAUUAUUAAAAGAGUGAAAGAAUUCUGGACUAAGCAGGAAAUCAAAGGUGGAUGA